AUGCUUAGACGUACAAAUGGAAAUGAAUUUGAACCAUUAUUAAUUUCUAAUCUUAAACAAGAAGCUGAGAAAAAUAAUAUAACAAAUUAUUGGUUAUUAGGAAUAAAUGAUUUUAAUGGAAAAUUUCAAUUACGUGUUAUUGAACUUCGUGGUCAAUCAUAUCCUGAACUUGUUCCAUGGCCAAUUGUUUCAAUUAUUUCUAUUCCAUUAUAUUUAUAUGAAAUAAAUACAGAAAAAAGUCAAUUUGAAAGUGAUUAUCUUAAAAUAAAAUUAUUUAAUCAUACAACAGAUAAUGAUGAAUAUUUAAAUAAUGAAAGACAAUGUUUAAUUAAAAUGUUUGCUUUAUCAUGUAAAUCAAAUCGAGAAUAUCGGGCAUUUGAAAUUUGUCAAUUAAUGGAUUCAAUAGCACUUCAAUUAGCAAUUAAAUAUGCAACAAAAUCAGGAAAAUUAACAUUAGCUCAAAAAAUAAUUGAUGAUUUAAUUGAACACAACAAAGAUGAACAACAAAAAGAAAAACAUAUGAAAAAAACAAAUAUUUCAUCAUUAAAUAAUACUUCUAUUUUAUCAUCAUCGUCGUCAACUAUUUCAUUUUCAUCAUCAUUUGAAGAAAUAAAACAAACUCGAACAAAAAUUGAAACAACAAAUGCUCCAUUUAAUAAUCCAUUUCGAAAAUUUACCUUUUAA